AACUCGAAUCUAUAUAUUUGAAAGCAAAUAUGUCUGGACGUGGCAAAGGAGGAAAAACGAAGGGAAAGGCGAAGACCAGGUCGUCCCGUGCGGGACUUCAGUUCCCGGUUGGAAGAAUCCACAGACUCCUAAAGAAAGGACACUACGCUGAGAGGGUUGGAGCGGGUGCAUCCGUGUAUUUGGCAGCCGUCAUGGAAUAUUUGGCCGCUGAAGUUCUCGAAUUGGCAGGCAACGCUGCACGUGACAACAAGAAGACCAGGAUCAUUCCCCGUCACCUUCAGUUGGCGGUCAGGAAUGAUGAAGAGUUAAACAAACUUCUUUCCGGGGUCACCAUCGCACAGGGUGGUGUCCUUCCCAAUAUCCAAGCCGUCCUUCUCCCAAAAAAGACAGAGAAGAGCGCUUAAGUUGCUUUUUGCGACCGUUUUCAACGGCCCUUAUCA